AUGAAUGUAUCAUCAUCAGAAGCAGAAGCAGAAGCAGCAAGUUUUAAAAACAUGAGUUCUCCAAUUCCUUACCUGUUUGGGGGCUUAGGUGUCAUAUUCGGAGCCAUCGCAUUAUCAUUACUCAUUAUAGUAUGUUCUUUGUGGAAACAAUCUUUAUCUUCUGAAUCAUCUAAUUACGAGGAGAAAUCAUCCAAUAUGCAUGUUAUGGAUAUGGAUCAGGCAUGUUCUGAGCCAAAGAUUGUUGUGAUGAUGCCAGGAGAGAAUAAUCCUACUUAUUUCGCUAAGCCAGUUUCAUCCAUAACUCAUCUUGAUCAAGAUAUACAAAUUUAG